GGCUUCAUCCCGUCCUCCAUCUCUCUCGCGCGACCCCUCCAAUCAUCUCUCAUUUACUCUCGUUUCUCUCGCGUCAAUAUACCCGCCUUAUCCGACCUCCGUGCGACUGGAUUUCAGGGAUCUCUGGGAUUCCCAACCACCUGGUUGGCCGCCCGUUCUCAACCCAUUCUAGAUCCCACACCAAUCCCGCGGAAAACCCCGUCCUUCGACUACACCCCCAAUCUUUGAGGAAAUUCGAAAUGUCUGCCAGUCUCCCUUCGCGUCAAAUCCCCGCCUUUCUGGCCCGGCGGCAGCCCCGGAUUCUCAGCACCGGUCGCCGUUUCCAAUCCUCGUCCUCCGGCCAGACCCAGAACCCUUCCUACCCGCUCUACCCCUCCGUCUCCCAACUCCUUCACCAAAAUGGGAUUCCCGAAUCCGACCUCUCCAAGAUCCCAGCCUCCGGACCCAAGGGCCGUCUCCUAAAGGGUGACGUGCUCGCCUACAUCGGCGCCAUCCCGCGCGACUACCCCUCAUCGCAGGCCCAGCGACUCGAGAAGCUGGCUCACCUCGACUUGAGCAACAUCAAGAUCGCGGCGCCCCCCGCCCCGGCGGAGCCGGUCAAGGUGGAGGAGCCCGAGAAGCCCGUGGCCCGCGCCCCACCCACCACGUCGGUCGCCGUGUCGAUCUCGCUGGCGGCCGUGCUGUCCGUGCAGAACAAGCUCUCCGAGACGCUGGGCGUCAACGUGCCGCUGUCCACCUUCCUGGCCCGCGCCGCCGACCUCGCCAACGACGACCUGCCCCGGUCGUCCACCGACAAGCGCUCCGCCGACGAACUCUUCGACGAGGUCCUCGGCGCGGACCCCAUCGUCACCUCGCGGGGCGACUACAUCCCCGAGCUGAACGCCUUCGAUGGACCGAUCCAGACGGCCCCGCGCGCGCAGGACGACCUCAUCGAUAUCCUCAGCGGCCAGUCCAAGAAGCGGACUGCUACCCGGGUCGCAGCCGCUCCCGAGGAGCCCGCGACCAACGUCUUCAGCCUGACGGUGCCGCUGAGCGACAAGAAGCGGGCGCAGACGUUCCUCGACCGGGUCCAGGCGCUCCUCACCGUGGAGCCGGGGCGGUUGGUUCUAUAGAUAUCACAUUGGCGGCUAGC